AAUACACUUACUAAUUCGUAUGUUUUAAUGAUCGAAUAGGUUGUUUUUGGGAAUGCCACUGACUACUGAGUGAAUAAACUAGAAGACCUACAAGUUUAUGAUUGAUUGAAAAUCAAGUUUAACCCCCUUACAAAAGCACCGCUAUCUCUUCAAGUAUUUCCCACAAGCUACAAGUUACAUACAUCAAACAUUAAAAUGGUUUCAAAAACUUGUACUUUUGUUCUUGUUUUAUAUCUUCUUACGCUCCUAAAAAGACUCGAAACCAAACACGACACUCAUCAUUCCCAUCCUCAUCACAAUCAUUCACAGUCUUCUGUUUCUAACAACAGGCUCAACCAGGCAUACAUUGCUCUCCAAGCAUGGAAGAAGGUAAUCUAUUCUGACCCAACAAACUACACUUCCAACUGGGUAGGAUCUUCUGUGUGUAGCUACAGAGGAAUAUACUGUGGACCUGCAAUCAAUGACAACAGCACCACUGUUGUAUCUGGUAUUGACCUCAAUCACUUAGACUUAGCUGGUUUCCUUCCAGAUGAAAUAGGCCUUCUAUCUGAUCUAGCCCUCUUUCAUAUAAACAGCAACCGUUUUUGUGGGAUCCUUCCACUAACAAUGUCAAACCUUACCCUUCUGUAUGAGCUUGAUCUUAGCAAUAACCGCUUUGUAGGGGGUUUCCCAUCUGUAGUUCUCUCUUUGCCCUCACUUAAGUACCUUGAUCUUCGUUACAAUGAGUUUGAAGGAUCAGUUCCAUCUGAUCUCUUCAAUAAUAACUCUCUUGAUGCAAUCUUUGUUAAUAAUAACCGUUUUACUAGUGUAAUCCCGUCUAACUUGGGUAUGUCUACAGCUUCUGUGGUUGUUUUUGCUAAUAACAAAUUUGGUGGGUGUUUGCCUCCAAGCAUAGCAAAUUUCGCAAACUCCAUAGAAGAACUUUUACUGAUAAACACAAGUUUAACAGGGUGUUUGCCUGUGGAAGUUGGAUACUUGUAUAAGCUGAGGGUAUUAGACGUGAGUUACAACAAAUUGGUAGGUCAAAUACCUUAUAGUAUAGCAGGAUUAGCUCACUUGGAACAGCUAAAUUUAGCUCAUAAUAUGAUGAGUGGAGAAGUGGGUGAUGGAAUAUGUGUAUUGCCUAACUUAGCAAACUUUACACUUUCUUACAACUUCUUCUGUGAGGAACAAGGAAUUUGUCAGAAUUUGACAUCAAGGGGAGUCGUGUUCGAUGAUCGACGUAACUGUUUGCCAGGAAAGCCGCUGCAGAGGAGUAACAAGGCAUGUGAUGCAGUGUUGGAGCACCCGGUAGAGUGUGAGGAGUUUCACUGUCACCAUUCUUAGCUUUCUGUGUAAAUUUUGGAAAUAAAUGUUUCCAAUUAUGUACUUCAUCUUGUGUGCACAUACAUACACAUGAUAUUUUAUGCUCUGUUGCUAAAUCAAAAAUUCUGUUCAACAAAAAUAUUAUCGGUUUUACAUU